CACAUGUUUUUAGUAGCAUGCAGUUUCAAAAUUGUGAUUUUUUCUGUUUUUAUCAAGUAUACCGAAUUUUUAUGAAUGAUUUAAUAAUUGUUAUACUGACGAGUUUGGAAUUUAUUGUGCUCAUUUGAUUGUUAUCCGUAUCCUUCCUUGAGAAAAAUGACUGAAACUGUAGAACGAGUUUUAGCUCAAUUCAAGAAUGAAUCUGGUGAAGUUUUAGGUUCUCCUUUUGAUUUACCAAUCAACGUCGAUUCCCGUAAAUUAUCUAUUUUAUUGAAUACUAUUUACAGCAGUGCAACACCAGUUCCAUAUUCGUUUUUUAUCGAUGACGUGGAGAUCAAAGAUUCUUUGAAGAAAACAAUUGAUGAAACCUCAGACAAAAACUGGUCAUCUGAAAAAAUCGUUCAUAUUACUUUUGCUCCACAGGCUGUCUUUAGAGUACGACCUGUAACAAGAUGUUCCGCAAGUUUACCUGGACACGCUGAAGCAGUAAUUUCAGCUUCAUUCAGUCCUGAUGGUACUUCUUUAGCUUCAGGUUCUGGUGAUACAACCGUCAGAUUCUGGGACGUAGCAACUCAGACACCACACACAACUGCCCGUGGUCAUCGUAAUUGGGUAUUGGUGAUUUCAUGGGCUCCUAAUGGACUUAAAUUAGCUUCAGCAUGCAAAAAUGGAGAAAUAAUUAUUUGGGAUGCUAAAACAGGACAGCAGAUCGGUGCUACUUUGCGAGGUCACAAACAAUGGAUUAAUGCUUUAGCUUGGGAACCUCUUCAUAGAGAUGGUAAUUGCAAAAGGCUCGCCAGUGCAUCGAAAGACACCACAAUCAAAAUAUGGGAUACAAUUUUGAAUCAAUGUUUAAUUACCCUUUGCGGUCAUAAUCAAUCAGUUACUUGUUUAAGAUGGGGAGGUACUGGGUUAAUCUACAGUGGUUCACAAGACAGAACUUUAAGAGUUUGGCGCGAUAAUGAUGGAGUACUUUGCAGAACUUUAGAGGGACAUGGUCAUUGGCUCAACACAUUGGCAUUGAGCACUGAUUACGUCAUGAGAACUGGAGCUUUUGAACCUUCUGAUAAAAAGAAACUGAACAAAAUUGACAAUUUAUCUGAUGAAGCCCUUAAAAGGUACAAUGAAGCUCGCGGUGAUAAAGAAAGACUUGUUUCUGGAUCUGACGAUUUUACUCUAUUUCUCUGGGAGCCUGAAUCAGAUAAAAAACAUAUUGCUAGAAUGACAGGACACCAACAGUUAAUCAAUGAUGUCAAGUUUUCUCCGGAUACACGUUACAUAGCAAGUGCAUCAUUUGACAAGUCAAUUAAACUUUGGGAUGGUAAAACAGGAAAAUAUAUCACAUCGUUAAGAGGACAUGUUCAAGCUGUUUAUCAAAUUUCUUGGUCAGCUGAUAGUAGAUUAUUAGUUAGUGGAAGCGCUGAUUCAACAGUCAAAGUUUGGGAUAUGUCAACAAAAAAGUUACUCCAAGAUCUCCCAGGACACGCUGAUGAGGUUUACGCCAUUGACUGGAGUCCUGAUGGUGAACUAGUUGCCAGUGGUGGAAAGGAUAAGCUCUUGAAAAUAUGGAGAACAUGAGAAUAGUUCCAGGACUGGAUCUUCGUGGUGUAAUCUAUGAUAAAAUAUUUUUGCAGACUUUUAAAAAUACCAAUUUACAUAAAAUAUUAACGUCAUGAAGAUAGAUAUGAAAUGUUUUCUUGUUAAAUAUUGUGUAAGAAAUUAACAGUACGAAUAUUUAUCCCACA